GUUAGGUUAGAGUUUUUAUAUCGUAAAAACGAUUUUUAUUCAAGAAUUAAUAGCGAGUAAAAUGCCGGCAUUAACUCUAGAUAACAUAAAACGAAUUAUCAAUGAAUUCUUAGAAGCCUUUAAGGACAUUAAGAAAGCGACCAACGUAACAAUUAUACCAAGAUACAUGAACAUCACAAAAAUUAAAAAUACACCAUAUGAAGCCGUCUUAAACACCAAGGGCCCUCUUACGUCAAUAAAGCAUUUUGGAAAAGUUCUGCUGAAGGAUCUAGACAAAGCAACUUUACAAGAAGCCUACAGGACUGGCCGACGAAUUAAAUCACAAGAGAUGUUAUUUCUACUCCGACCAGCUGUAUAUAGAAAACUGCACCAUGGUGGAUUAGCACUAAAUAUCGAAGCUGCAGAAGAACUGGAGGUGGAUCCAUUGAAUCAACCUUUAUUCCAUCCUCGUUUACACGAGGGGUAUCCCUUGUAUAAUGGGCCAGUCGAUAUUUUCAGAGGGACUCCCACGUGCUGACACCCCAAGCAACACAUCAUAAUGUACUAUUAUCAUUAAGUAUAUAUUUAUUGUUCAACCAUUUUUUAGUAAAUGUUUGGUUUUGGAAUAUUUAUCAACAGUAUAUGGUAAGGGCAUAUUUAUUAAACUGCACCUAUAUCUGUUUACAAAAGAGAGAAAAUUUCGGCAUUUAAAAAAUUGAUACGAGAUUUACAUAUCUAGUUUUUAAACUCGAUUACUUAAGAUUUCAAGAAAUUCUUCUAAAAAAUCACUGUUUUUCGUCCAUAAUAUCCAAUCUAAUAACGCUGUUUUCGUACUAAAUAUUUAUAUAUAAAAUUAUCUCCAAUUUAAAUAAACAGUAUUAUUAGAUUAAAUAUUUCAUAUAUAUCUUCUGCAAAAACAUUGUUUUUCAUCAACACAACCCUUAACCCCCCCACCCACCCCAAAUAUUUUCCCAGUAAGAAAUUCUUUUGAAAAAUCACCAGUUUUCGUCCAUAAUAUCUAAUCUAAUUGCACUGUAUUUCUAUUAAAUAUUUAUUAAUAUACAUAUAGAUAAUUAUAUCAAAUUUUAAUAAACAAACUGUGUUAGUAGAUUGAAUAUUAACAGUAAAACCAGCUGUUAUUCCUGAGUAUUAUUUUGGAAAACAAGGAUUUUUGAAAACAAUUUCUUAUAGGUAAGCGGUGUAGGGUGGGUGGGGGGCUAAGGGUAGAAUUAGUGAAAAACGGUUUUUUGCAGAAAAUAAUUGCCUAAGAAAAAAAUGGUUUUUAAGAAAAUUAUAUGUGAUAAAAAAAUCUUGUGCCAUUUUUUUAUCGCAAAUAAGUGGAAAUUAAUUUUUUUUAAGAUAAGUAUCUAUAUUCUCUACAUACAUUUUUAGAGUGCGCAAGAAAUGCAUUAUAUUUGAUUUUUUUAAUUAUCACUAUAAAUAAAUAAAUAAUGUCUUUAUUACACCAAAAUGUACAAAGGCGAUAUCAACUUAACCUCUAAUUAUUCAUUUAUCUCAUUAAUCAGACAAUGAUGUCACAACACCUUCACUUCUGCGCAACUAAUAACUUACAAUGAAGCUUGCGCUACUUUUAUGUAGCAUCCUUGUCUUCUUAACAUUAGAAUCACUUUGAUGCGAAAAAAAAAGGAACAAUAUUGUGUAUUCUCGUACUCACUUUACCUAAUAUAAAAUUCUGAAAAGGCAAAUAAGAUGAUUUUCCUCCCUCAAAAAUUUUCUUAUAACGCGAUCAAAUUGCGAGCUCUCAUAUGAAAAAGCCGCUUUUGUGUACGAUAUAACAGGGAAAUUGCGUUUACCGAAUUAUAUCACUGGAAAAUAUAAAAGAUAUUAAAGUAAAAAGGUUUUUAAAAUGUCCUUGGGUGUUAUUAUGGAUAACAGCUUUAAUAACCUCCAAAUAUUAGACAGUUUUCGAAACCAUUAAAAUGUAGCACCGGUAACUAGUAAUUGACAUAUAUGACAUUUGAAGUUUGAUUUAUUGCAUGCUUUAAUGUUUACAUUCUUUGUUGGCUAAAUUGUUUAAAUUGAAAUUGCCAUAGAUAUUGGCUCGGUUUAUAUUAUUAAUAGGUGGAAUAAUUAUUUCUAACAGAGCAUCAUCUAAGUCGCUGUCAGAUCUGGAGGCUUCAAAGUCCUCAAUCAUAUUGUAACUUUUCAAUUUUUAAAUAACGCUACCUUAUUAACUUAGAUAUAGUAUUGUAGAGCAAAUAUUAAUAAAAUAUAAAUCAUUUCUUUAGCAUCACAUAAAAAUAAGGAUAGAAAAUCUAAGAGGUAACAAUCACAAAGAAAACAAAGAAAACGAAUUUCUGGAAAAUUAGUUGCUAUCUUUAGGUUAGCGGUAAACAUGUUAUCUAUUUGAAAAACACUUUUUGAAGAGCUGUCAAACAACGGCUAAGAUAACGUUUAUGUCUAUUUUAAUCUUCAAAACAUCUUCGAAAACUGUCUAUUAUUCAUUAAAAUAGGAUUAAUUUGAAUUAGGCAACAAUGUAAAAAUAGCACUGUCAAACUUGUCGUUUUUAUAAUAUGUCAAUAGUAGUCGCAGCGUUGCCAACUCGGAGUAUUUCAAAGAGAAUUUUAAGACGAAUAUUUCGAAGCUAUUGGAUUUUCGAUUUUAUUUAAUACCUCUGUUGAUUUUAUCAAUUCCUUUUAAACAAAAUUAGGAUUACUUAUAGAAAAAGGAUUACGUCUGGAUGUUAUGUUGACUUGUAAACAAUUGUUUCAUUUAAUAAAUAUUUUAUUAAUA